AUGGAUGAUGUGGUUGAGGAAUUUCUGGAGGAACCAUUGGCAGUUCUUCCAUCUUCAGUGACACUCGACGUCCUGGUGGUGGAGCAGAACUCUUUUGCUUUGGAGCGAUCAGUGGGAGAUCCUGUGCACCCGGUGGUGGGUUCUUUAAAACGUUGUGAUGCUGUGUUACAGAGCUGUCUAGAGCUAAAUGCCAAAGUCACGAUCGGCUCUAAGGUCUUUGUGACGAGUCCUAUUCAGAGGGCUGGCUUUGAUGCUAAGUCACGACGCUUGUGGCAUCCUGGGGAAGGGAAGCUGCUGGAGAGGGGAGGCCAGUGUGUUGUGGUUGUGCUGUUCCUUCUCACUCUGGCAGGGCUUCGUGGUAUUUUCCGGUGCCAAGCUCGGAUGAGGCAGCUGGAGACUACGGGGACUGGUCUGGAAACUGGUGCCAGGUCCGUUCUGGUGGAAGCGUGGAUGCUUCAGCCCACCGUGCAAGCGACACUGGGACGGCACGGUGGAGACCCCAAGUCCCAGGGCCAACUGUAUUUUGGAGGUCUGCGGAUACCAAAUCCUCUGGCAGCGUUUGCUCCGUCGCUCGCUCUCUCUCCUGCCGCCACUUUGGAGCCGAUCCGUCCAUCACUGUCCCCUUUAAGCAUUCAUGAGGACCGGCGACAUCACUCCCUGGCACCGCUCCAGACCAGGACUGCCCACAAACGCUUCAGUGACUUCUGCGCCUCGAUAACCGUGGAGUGUCCGAGGAAGAGGAUUGUGGCGAUCCUGUUCCAGCCCGUCACGGUGGACUGUAAAUACCAGUCCUCGAGUCAGCGCCCUGUGGUUCUGUGGAAGUACAAGUCCUACUGCAGGGACCCAGUGCAGGCAGCGCUCAACCCCAACAGCGCCGAGAACAUCCUGGCCCAGAACAACCCCAACUACGACCCCAACAUCGAGUGCGCCGAUUCCCAACGCACGGUGCGCAAUGUGGCGUCCAAAGACGGCUCCACCGUAACCCUGGGCCCGGAGUAUCAGGGCCGCAAGAUCAGCAUCCUCAACGAUGCCGACCUGAACCUGGGGCAGACGGCCUGGGGAGACAGUGGUGUCUACAUCUGCUCCGUCACCUCCUCCUCUGACCUCACGGGGAACACAGAGUGUUACACCGAGGUCAUCGUCCUGGACUGGCUCCUCGUGGUCCUGGUGGUCCUGGGUUUCCUCCUGCUGCUGCUGCUCAUUGGGAUCUGUUGGUGCCAGUGCUGCCCUCACACCUGCUGCUGUUAUGUGAGCUGCCCCUGCUGCCCCGAGCGCUGCUGCUGCCCCCGCGCCUUGUAUGAAGCCGGCAAAGCGGUGAAGAAGGGCAUGGCGGGUCAGUACGCCGCCACCAUGUACGCUCCCAGUGUGUACGGGCAGCCCGCCUACAGCGGCAUGGGUCAGCCCGCCUACAGCGGCAUGGGGCAGCCCGCCAUGCCCAUGCUGCCUCUGCCCAACGGCACGGGGGCCGCGCCCCCAAACCACGGCUACGGACGCGACCACGACGGCGCCAGCUCAGUGGGACAGGGCUCCCAGGUGCCUCUGCUCCGGGACCAAGAUGGAGGAGAUCACACUCGCAGCGGGUAUCGGAUUCAGGUGGAUCCGGACGGAAACGCCACCAGAGCCAUUUACUACAUGGAGAGAGAACUGGCCAACCUCGACCCAACCCGACCGGGAAACUACAACCGCAUGGACACCAUGAGUGAGGUGAGUUCUCUUCAUGACAGAGGUCGUGCGCCUGCUCAGUAUGAUCAGGACGAGGCCAUGAGCACCAUCAGCAGCGUGUCUCAGCAUGUGCACCGUCGCCCUGACGACCGUCCCCUGACGACCGUCGCCCUGACGACCGUCGCCCUGACGACCGUCGCCUUGACGACCGUCGCCCUGACGACCGUCGCCCUGACGACCGGCGACGGUCGUCAGGGCGACGGUCUUUCCCGUCGGGUUGGGGUCGAGGUUGGCCAGUUCUCUCUCCAUGUAGUAAAUGGCUCUGGUGGCGUUUCCGUCCGGAUCCACCUGAAUCCGAUACCCGCUGGCGAGCUGCGGACAGACGUCAGUCCACUUCCACAGAAGAAGAAUCGUAUCAUUGAGGACAGACGGAGGGGGGUCCACAGUCCCUCUGAUCCUCAGGGAGGGGUGUCCACAGUCCCUCUGAUCCUCAGGGAGGGGGUCCACAGUCCCUCUGAUCCUCAGGGAGGGGGGUCCACAGUCCCUCUGAUCCUCAGGGAGGGGGGGAGGGGGGUCCACAGUCCCUCUGAUCCUCAGGGAGGGGGUCCCCACAGUCCCUCUGAUCCUCAGGGAGGGGUGUCCACAGUCCCUCUGAUCCUCAGGGAGGGGGUCCACAGUCCCUCUGAUCCUCAGGGAGGGGGGUCCACAGUCCCUCUGAUCCUCAGGGAGGGGGGUCCACAGUCCCUCUGA